GUUUUGAAGCCCAAAUCUGGUUACGUGAAAGGACUUGGCCCGGGAGCUCGAACAACAACCAGGGGAAGAAGUGAAGCACAGAAUAAUGAACUAAAUGUAAAGUUCUCUGCUGAAAUUCAAAUGUUGAAGAACGAUGCCGCAGUGCGUGAGGCAUCUCUUGUUGGUCAAAUUGACACACUCAAGAAAUCUAACGAAGAGUUAAGAGCAUCAAAUGAUCAACUUAAAGCAUCAAAUGAAGAACUGAAAACAUCUAUUUCUCAAAUGAGCAUAGACGCCGUGGAACGUGAAAAGAAACUGAGAGAAGAUGUUAAGAAAAUGCUCGAGGAGAUGAGGAUGGGGUUUUGAUAGAAAUGUUAAACGAGUGGAUACUUCAAGGAAUGCUUCUUAGAUUAACGAGUUAAUCUUGUUCAUUAUGUCGUUUAUCAUAUGUAUAUUUUUAUAUUCUAAAAAACAGUGUAAAUAAAUUGACACAAAGUGAGUUGAAACUCACAAACUUCAUAUUGUUACAGUUUUUAUCAAUGUCAAAUGAUUGGAUAUGGAGAAAACAAUUACUUUUAUUGUACAAGUGCGCCUCAUAAUAUUUUAUAUUUA